AUGUACAACGCUGAACGUACUAACAAGAAAUUGAGCGAAUUAUUUUCAAAUGGAAAAGACGAAGCUGGCCUCGAAGUAGAAAUUGAUCCUGAAUUACCGAUAUCUGAAUACAUAAAUAUACCGAAAAGCAUGAUUCGAAGCUGGUGUGCUAGAAUUUCAACUUCUGAGUGGAAUGCAACGUUCGAUAAAAAUCAGGUACCUGUAGCUGGAUAUAGAACUUUCAAAGGAGGUGAUGACCCUAUCACAAAUAAGAAUUCUCCCGGAUGGAUAAUUGAAGGAAUCAUUCAAUUAUUAUCUUGUCAGACAAAACUGUUUAGCACUGCUGGAUGGUUAACUAUUGAAGAAAUGCAUAUGUCAUCUCCAUCUGUUGAUGACAUGAGAAUAUUUUAUACUGUUAAUAUCGGUCACAUACUAAUUGCUGGGUUAGUAACUACUAGUAAAUCUCGGAAGUGGAUUUUAGUUGAUAUCCCGAACACAUUACAUGUUGAUUCUGACGAAUUUGCAGAAUACGCUAUUGAUUAUCACUCUAAUGCAUGGAGCGCUUGUGCUGCACGAGCAACUAGCUGGAGAAAAUCUAAUCAUGCAACAGGUGGAGACAUAGUUGCUGAUUUCCCUCAUAGGUGGCAAAACAAAGAAGGAUAUUUAUCGGAUUAUCCAGAUAAGAUAUCAAGAGCUCGUAAAGACCGCAGAAUGACAAGUGUAUUUUACGUUGCAACACAUGCUGCGUCAGUGCACGCAAUAGUAGCAUUAAUGACACUCAGCGAUGAAGCACAUUGGACUGUAAUAAAUCCACCUUUUGGUAUUAUGUUAAAAUGGGAUCUCGACGCAUCAGCAGUUUCUCACGAAAGUAUUGCUCCCAUGGUUAUCCAUUUACCUCGAUUAGCUUCUUUAAAGUCAGCCUAUGAUCAAGUUGUAAAUGAUGGCAUUAGAUGCGCUACAUAUACUAAAUGGUUUCUUGAUAGCCAUCCUGCUGGAAUCACAACAGUGCAGCUUGCUCAACUUGAAGCAUCAUUUGCCGAAUUAACUGGAGAAUUAGCUGUGAUUGCAUCUAGAUACUAUCCUGAUUCAACAAUAGCACAAUCAUUGAUCAAAACAACUCGACAAUACAGCGAUAAAAGCCUGAAAUUUCAUUUUCAUUUCGUAAUCAACAAAACUAACAUCGAAUCGUUUGAUGAAAGUUGA